CGCCCUCGGCCCCCUCCCCCACCGAAGCCCCCGCUCCGGCGCCCCUGCCCCUAUUCUAGAGCCCCGCCGCCGGUCAGAAACCAAUGGGAGGCUCUUGCGCGUCUGGGAUCGAUUUUCCAGGUGCGGAGUUCACAGCCGCAGCAGCUGCAGCGUUUCGGAUCCGCGGCGCCCUGGAGUCAGGCGCGGAGCCCCAGAGGGAGCUGCGCGGAACGGACCCAACGGUGACCCCCGCCACGCCGCACCUUCCUGGCCGGCAGUGGGCGAGCCUGGGGAUCUGCAUCUCCGGCCCGGGUCUACGCGGCUCGACCUCGCUCCUUUUCUCCCUUGGCACACGCCCAAGGCUGAAGACAGACCGAGGCCAGAGCGCACCGGUCCAGGAGGUGACCUUGGGCUCCGAGCUGAAUCACAGAAGAAAUUAGUUCCUCCGCGAGAUGAAGCCAGAGGAGGAGAGACCGAUUACAGAUCGCGAAAAGGCCAGUCGGAGAAUCCUGUCUAAGCUUUCCCAGCCAGCGAUGAAGCAGAGCUUUGCCUUCGACAACAAUGGCUAUGAGGAUGACCUGGAUGGUGUGCCCCACUCCCAGACGGCCACCGGCACCAUCAGCAUCGUGGGCAUGACCUGCCAGUCGUGUGUCAAGUCCAUCGAGGGCAGGGUCUCCAGUUUGAAAGGCGUUGUGAGCAUUAAGGCUUCCCUGGAGCAGGGCAGCGCUGAGGUGAGGUACGUGCCCUCGGUGGUAAGCCUGAUGCAGAUUUGCCGUCAGAUUGAAGACAUGGGCUUCCAGGCCAGCAUGGCUGAGGGAAAGGCCACCUCCUGGCCCUCCAGGGUCUCGCCUGCCUCUGAGGCUGUGGUCAAGCUUCGGGUGGAGGGCAUGACCUGCCAGUCCUGUGUCAGCUCCAUAGAAGGCAAGAUUGGGAAACUGCAGGGCGUCGUGAGGGUCCGCGUCUCGCUCAGCAACCAGGAGGCAGUCAUCACUUACCAGCCUUACCUUAUCCAACCCCAAGACCUCAGGGACCACAUAACCGACAUGGGGUUUGAAGCCGUCAUCAAGAACAAGGUGGCCCCCGUGAGCCUGGGACCCAUAGAUGUCAGGCGGCUCCAGAGCACCCUCCCAGCAGCCCCUCUGGCUCCCGUUAAUCAGAAUGACAAUAACUCUGAGACCCCAGGGGGCCAGGGGGUCCUCCUGCAGCUGAGAGUGGAUGGAAUGCACUGUAAAUCUUGUGUCCUGAACAUCGAGGACAAUAUUGGCCGGCUCCCUGGGGUUCAGAGUAUUCAUGUGUCCCUGGAGAGCAGCACUGCCCGAGUCCAGUACGACCCUUCUCUCGUCUCCCCAGAGGCCCUGCGGAGGGCCAUCGAGGCCCUGCCUCCUGGGAACUUUAAAGUCUCUCUUCCCAAUGGGGUGGAAGGGAGUGGGUCAGACCCCAGGAGCCCCCCGGCACCCAGCACCCCCUGUACUGUGAUGCUGGCCAUCGCCGGCAUGACCUGCAAGUCCUGCGUCCAGUCCAUCGAAGGCCUGAUCUCCCAGAGGGCGGGCGUGCACCAGAUCUCAGUCUUUUUGGCCGAAGGGACUGCAGUGGUUCUCUACGAUCCAUCUCGAACUCACCCAGAAGAACUGCGAGCCGCAGUGGAGGACAUGGGAUUCGAGGCCUCCAUCCUGGCUGAAAACUGUUCCAGCAACCUCGUUGGGAACCACAGCGCUGGGAGUGCCGUGGGGCACGUGGCGGCUGGCGCACCUAUGCCCGUGCAGGGGGGGGCUCCCCAGCCAGGGGGGCUCCAUACUAACCACGUCCCCCGCCAGUCGCCCAGGUCCCUGCCGGCCUCCACCACGGCAGCCCCAAAGAAGUGCUUCCUGCAGAUCUCAGGCAUGACCUGUGCAUCCUGUGUGUCCAACAUAGAGAGGAGCCUGCAGAAGGAACCUGGGAUCCUGUCCGUGCUGGUUGCCCUGAUGGCGGGAAAGGCAGAGGUGAAGUACAACCCAGAAGUCAUCCAGCCCCUGGAGAUAGCAAAGCUUGUCCAGGACCUGGGCUUUGAGGCAGCAGUGAUGGAAGACUACACGGGCUCGUAUGGCGACCUCGAGCUGAUGAUCACGGGGAUGACCUGUGCCUCCUGUGUUCACAACAUAGAGUCCAAACUCAGGAAGACAGACGGCAUCACCUACGCCUCUGUGGCUCUCGCCACCAGCAAGGCCCACGUGAAGUUUGAUCCUGAAAUUAUUGGUCCGAGGGAUAUUGUCAAACUUAUCGAGGAAAUUGGCUUUCGUGCCUCCCCGGCCCAGAGGAUCCCCAACGCUCAUCACUUGGACCACAAGGUGGAAAUAAAGCAGUGGAAGAACUCUUUCCUGUGCAGCCUGGUGUUUGGCAUCCCCGUUAUGGGUUUAAUGAUCUAUAUGUUGAUACCCAGCCAUGAAUCCCAGUCCUCGUUCCUGGACCACAACGUCAUCCCAGGACUGUCCAUCCUGAAUCUCAUCUUCUUUAUCUUGUGCACCUUUGUCCAGUUCCUCGGCGGCUGGUACUUCUACGUCCAGGCCUACAAAUCUCUGAGACACGGGGUGGCCAACAUGGACGUGCUCAUCGUGCUGGCCACGAGCAUCGCCUACGUCUACUCCCUCAUCAUCCUGGUGGUGGCCGUGGCCGAGAAGGCCGAGAGGAGCCCCGUGACCUUCUUUGACACGCCCCCCAUGCUCUUCGUCUUCAUUGCCCUGGGGCGGUGGCUGGAACACGUGGUGAAGAGCAAAACCUCAGAAGCGCUUGCCAAACUCAUGUCUCUGCAAGCCACGGAAGCCACCGUCGUGACCCUUGGUGAAGACAACAUGGUCAUCAGGGAGGAGCAGGUGCCCAUGGAGCUGGUGCAACGAGGUGACAUCAUCAAGGUGGUCCCCGGGGGCAAGUUUCCCGUGGACGGGAAAGUCCUAGAAGGCAACACCAUGGCUGACGAGUCCCUCAUCACAGGAGAGGCCAUGCCCGUCACCAAGAAGCCUGGAAGCAUGGUAAUCGCCGGGUCCAUGAACGCCCAUGGCUCUGUGCUCAUCACCGCCACCCACGUGGGCAAUGACACCACCUUGGCCCAGAUUGUGAAGCUAGUGGAAGAGGCCCAGAUGUCCAAGGCACCCAUUCAGCAACUGGCUGACCGGUUUAGUGGAUAUUUUGUCCCAUUUAUCAUCAUCAUUUCAACUGUGACGUUGGUGGUAUGGAUUGUAAUCGGUUUUAUCGAUUUUGGUGUUGUUCAGAAAUACUUUCCUGCCCCCAGCAAGGGGAUCUCCCAGGCAGAGGUGGUCCUGCGGUUCGCCUUCCAGACGUCCAUCACGGUGCUCUGCAUCGCCUGCCCCUGCUCUCUGGGCCUGGCCACGCCCACGGCCGUCAUGGUGGGCACCGGCGUGGCUGCCCAGAACGGCAUCCUCAUCAAGGGAGGCAAGCCCCUGGAGAUGGCCCACAAGAUAAAGACCGUGAUGUUCGACAAAACCGGCACGAUUACCCACGGGGUCCCCAAAGUCUCGCGGGUCCUCCUGCUCGUGGACGUGGCCACACUGCCCCUGCGGAAGGUGCUCGCUGUGGUGGGGACCGCGGAGGCCAGCAGCGAGCACCCCCUGGGCCUGGCGGUCACCAGAUACUGUAAAGAGGAACUCGGCACGGAGACACUGGGGUGCUGCACGGACUUCCAGGCGGUGCCCGGCUGUGGAAUCAGCUGCAAAGUCAGCAGCGUGGAGAGCAUCCUCGCCCAGGGCGAGCGCCCGCAGGGCCCACCGACCGCUCACCUGAACAGAGUCGGCAGUGACCCCGCAGAAACAGCAGACGCGGCCACGCAGACCUUCUCGGUGCUGAUCGGAAACCGGGAAUGGAUGAGGCGCAACGGCCUGACCGUCACCAGCGACGUCCGCGACGCCAUGACCGACCACGAGACAAAGGGCCAGACGGCCAUCCUGGUGGCCAUCGACGGCGUGCUGUGCGGCAUGAUCGCCAUCGCGGACUCGGUCAAGCAGGAGGCCGCCCUGGCCGUGCACACGCUGAAGAGCAUGGGCGUGGACGUGGUGCUCAUCACCGGGGACAACCGCAAGACAGCCAGGGCCAUCGCCACCCAGGUUGGCAUCAACAAAGUCUUUGCGGAGGUGCUGCCUUCUCACAAGGUGGCCAAGGUCCAGGAGCUGCAGAACGAGGGGAAGAGGGUGGCCAUGGUGGGCGAUGGCGUGAACGACUCCCCGGCCCUGGCGCAGGCCGACGUGGGCAUUGCCAUUGGCACGGGCACCGACGUGGCCAUUGAGGCGGCCGACGUCGUCCUCAUCAGGAAUGACCUGCUCGACGUGGUGGCCAGCAUUCACCUCUCCAGGAGGACCGUUUGGAGAAUACGACUCAACCUGGUGCUGGCGCUGAUCUACAACCUGAUCGGGAUCCCCGUUGCGGCAGGUGUCUUCAUACCCAUUGGCGUCGUGCUGCAGCCGUGGAUGGGCUCAGCAGCCAUGGCGGCCUCCUCCGUGUCCGUGGUCCUGUCGUCGCUGCAGCUCAAGUGCUACAGGAAGCCGGACCUGGCGCGGUACGAGGCGCAGGCGCACGGCCGCAUGAAGCCCCUGAGCGCGUCCCAGGUCAGCGUGCACAUCGGCAUGGACGACCGCCGGCGCGACUCCCCGCGGGCCUCGCCCUGGGACCAGGUCAGCUACAUCAGCCAGGUGUCUCUGUCCUCCCUCAAGUCCGACAAGCUGUCCCGGCACAGCGGCGCGGCCGACGACAGGGGCGACAAGUGGUCUCUGCUCCUGAAUGACCGGGACGAGGAGCAGGGCAUCUGAAAGCUGCCGGCGGGCCCGCCCCCAUGGCUGAGACUCCGAGCCAGCAGCGGCAGCAGCAGGCGGCGGAGCCCCUCCAGGCCUGGGCGAAUUUCUGGAUCACCCCUUCCCUGAGCCCGUGGAGCACGAUUCCCCGGGUGCGCCCAGCUCGGGGGGAGGUGUGCUCGCUCACGCCCGUGGGCUCAUCAGACACCUUGCUGUGGCCUCGAGAAGAGGAGGGACAAGCCCUCUUCGCAUCCCCUGUUUUAGCAUUUGUGACACGACCAGUCUCAUCCGGUCCAACAUCUUGGCUGGGCCCGUCCACAGAGCUCAUAAAACCUUCGGGGCCUGGCUGUUUCUGACGGCGCCCGCAUGCAUCGCGUACCUGAGACCACCGUGUACCUCAAGUGCCCGCUUGUUUUCUGCUGGCGCCUUCUCUUCCUCCUCUGCCCUUGAUGGUGGGGGUGUGAGAACCCAUCAUCUGAGGGCAGGGCUGACAUUCUCAGUCCCCUCUGCUGCUCUCCAAGGGACUCCUGGGCUCCUGCCUGAACCCCUCACCCACACGACCACCAGAGAGCCUGCCACGCUUCUCCUCGGUGACCAGAGGUCUUGGUUGCCCAUGAGCCGCUUCUCCCUAGAGUCCUGGCUUCUCUCUCACAAUCCACUGCAGUUGCUGACUGUCACUGCCCAGCUGGGCUGAGGGUCUGAGAGCCUGAGGCUUGGGAAAUUCGGCUUUCUGUGGGGUCCCCGGGGAGGCACGUGGUUCAAGAUCCUGCUUGCCCGGUUUCAGGGGCUUCGGUUGCAUGGCCUGCGGUACGACAGUCACCUCACAGGGUCUGGCGUGGGGUUCAGGUCUGUGCUCCCCAGAGCCGUGCAGCCCUGAGGCAAUGAGACCCGAGUAAGAGGAUACCCCAGCCCUCCACACGCUUCGACUCCUGCACAUGGUGCCUUAGGAAGGGGUGUCCACCAUUCCCAAGGGAACUUCUGUGUCUAACUUUUGGGUGCCUUUAUGGUUGCGCGAUAAUCAGAGGGACAGCAGUGGGCCCAUGGCAGACUCCGAGCUUGGUGGUGAUUGGCAGAGCCUGUGGGAGUCUGCUCACACUAGCCAAGUCUUAGACUAAGUGACUAGAGCCUGUUCUCAGUUUCAAGGGGGAAGCCCUUAUCACACACACUUUAGUUAUUUAUUGUCAGUUAUUUUUCAGGGGGUUAUAAGCACUUUUUAUCGCUUACCUCUAAUCCUCCCAACAAACUAGCAAAGUAGAUACAAUGUUGUCCACAUUUUGCAGGUGGGAAACAGGCUCAGAGAGGCUAGGAAUCCCACCCAGGAUUACACAGGCAGUGUGCAUGCCAGAGCAGGGGUCUGAAUUCAUGUCGCCGGGCCCUGAAGUCUUUUCUCUAAUUUGACUCUACCGUCAAUAUUUUGUUUGAUAAGAAGCAACAAGAAAAAGGCCCUUGUUCCUGGAAGAACAAAGCUGCCAGGUGACAGUAUUCACUGAACUGGCUUGAAAUUUGACCAUGAGGUCAUGUCACGUUGCCUUUGGAUAGCUCUUUUCCAUUUGUGUAAUUGAGUCUGUGCUGCGUCUUAUCCUCUAAAAUCCAUGUGCGGGUGGUGGUGUGGUUUUAUGUUUCUAGUCUUCCUUCCCCAGCCCCUUCCUACUUGUUCCCUGUUGUGUCCUUUCUCUGUUCCCAGCUGCUGCUUGGGGAAUGUUUCCUAUUUCCCCCCAAGGAGGCUAAUCAUUACCUAAAGAAUCCAAUUGUAUCAACUUUUCAAAAAGCUUUUAGGACCAUAAAUGUUAUGUUUAUAGGGAUGUGGAGAUAUUUAUAUAAUUGUACAGAAGAUAACCUUUUAGAUGUUCAAAAGUGUCAGGAAUGUUUUUUUGUUGUUCGUUUUUUGGUCAGAAAGGAAUUCCUAUUUCAAAAACAUUCCAUGCUAUAUUUAGAAGAAAAUUUCAUUUUUUUUUAUUCAUCUAUAAACCUGCCUAUGCCUGGCUCUGUGUGAGAGGGAAGUGUGUGUGGGCUGGUGCGGCACCAUCUUUGGGGAGAACUGAGGUGCUGGCUUUGCUUGCUGCCUUUUCGGGGGCAGAGAUGGGUGGGGGGUGGCCAGAGCCCCCUGUUGGGCUGUCCCAGCACUGUGUAAGCCCCCCGCCUCAGUGCCUGCCUCAAUGGUCUUUGGGGAGAACUCAGGAAAGCACCCCCUCAGGGUGUCAGUCCCACAGGUUCAGGCAUGGACUACAUGACCCCAUCAGAUGAGGGUGAUUGUCUACAAAAAGCUAUUCUCUGAUGCACACAUCUUCAUCACAGGGUGAUGUUUUGGGAUCCUUGGCCCUGAAGGAAUGAGGUAGGAGGAGGGGUAGAAAAGUCUGGAACAAAGCGCUCUGCUGGGAAGGCUCUGGAGAGAUCCUGCGGUGGGUGGGGGUGUCCUGAGUGAGCCAUACCUAGGGGUGAGGCCACAGUGUCAUUCAUCAUCCAAACCAGGACACUUUCAAGAGUGAAAGGAGGUGCUAUGAAUAAUUACACCAGGGAAACUGGCCUACACUGGGACUACCCAGGCAAACUGGGGUGUGUGGUCACCUGCCUUAAAGGGGAAAUAGACAUUGUGCAGUCGUCACCGACACACCCAAUGGUAGCUUCACACACACCAGUUGUAGGUUUCAUGGGCAUGCUGGUGACUUAAUCCUUCAUCAGAUGGGGAGAACUCCCCUCUGUCGCAUCCUAGUACCAGCCGUUCUCUGUAGAGUCAUCGAGGUGAUGGUCUUGGGGCUCAGUGUGACGCAUAGCCGGAGAGUCACGCACAGACUGUGCUGAGUGCCCUCCCGCGCCCUUAGGACUUCACACCAGGUGUGCCGGGCCCCUCUUCUGGAUGCCCCAGCUGUGGGGAUUUCAUGUCAUAUGCACAUCCCAUUGUGGAAAGGGAAGGUUGAUACCACCUGAAUAGGGGAGUCCAUUUCUUUAGAAAACAGAUUGUCUUCUAAAACUUGAGCAAAUGUGCCUGAUAGAAUUCCACAUGCACCAGAAUAAAUCAUAACAUCUGUC